GCGGGCCGGGCCUCCCGGAGCUGAGAGGAGGCAGCCCCGGCGCCCGCAGCCUCGUCAGCCGCUCGCCGGUCGCGGAGGGGACGUGCCGGGGCGAGGGCCCCUGGGCAACCGCUUCCCAGGCGGGAGGACCACAUCGACGUCGCGGCUUCUGUGCAGCCGGCGCUCGGGGGCCGGGGCUGCCCGGCCCGGCCGGUUCUGCGGGCGCCCGGGAGGCUCCCGGGGAGCCCGCGAAGCCAGGCCGCUGCGAGGCGUUGAUGAAGAAGGAUGACAGUGAAGUUGGGAGACGGCGGCGGCGGCGGCGGCGGGGAGGACGGGCUCAAGCGGCUGGGCAAGCGGUCGGCCGAGGAGGACUCGCUGGAGGGCGAGGGGCCCGGCGGCGGGGACGCGGCCGAGGAGAGCGGCGGCACAAAGAGGGACGCCAGGACCCCCCGGGACGGCGCCGACGGCCCCCCUGCGCCCGCGGGCGGCCCGCAGGCCCCGUCGCCGCCGCCCGCCUGCCCGCAGGACCAGCACCACUUCCUCCGGUCCAGCGUCAGGCCGCAGAGCAAGCGGCUCAGGAAGGACUCCGCGGGCGCCGGAGGGAGCGGCAGCGCCGGCGGCUCCGGGCCGCGUGGAAAAGGAGCCGAUGGUGGCGGAUCGUCGUCCGGAAAUGGGUCUGCGGCCGCCCCUGCCGCCCCUGCUGGGGGCUCCCGCUCCUCUUCCCGGAACUUGGGGUCCUCGGGCGGUGAGAAGGAAGAAGGCAAGAAGGCCCGGCGGCAGUGGGAGUCAUGGAGCACCGAGGACAAGAACACCUUCUUCGAGGGGCUGUACGAGCACGGGAAGGACUUUGAGGCCAUCCAGAACAACAUCGCCCUCAAGUAUAAGAAGAAGGGCAAGCCCGCGAGCAUGGUGAAGAACAAGGAGCAGGUCCGCCACUUCUACUACCGCACGUGGCACAAGAUCACCAAGUACAUUGACUUCGACAACGUGUUCUCCCGCGGGCUGAAGAAGUCGUCCCAGGAGCUGUACGGUCUGAUCUGCUACGGCGAGCUGCGCAAGAAGGUCGGGGGCUGUAUGGACGACAAGAACGCCACGAAGCUGAACGAGCUCAUCCAGGCAGGGGCCACCACCGUGCGCUACAAAGGGAGAAACCUGAGGAUCAAAGCGCCUAUGUGCCGAGCCCUGAAGAAGCUCUGUGACCCGGACGGCUUGAGUGACGACGAGGACCAGAAGCCGGUGCGCCUGCCCCUGAAAGUCCCUGUGGAGCUGCAGCCGAGGAACAACCACGCCUGGGCCCGGGUCCAGAGCCUGGCCCAGAACCCGAGGCUCAGGAUGAUCGUGGAGCUGCACCGGAAGGUCUCCAGCCUCAUCGAAUUCUUGAAACAGAAGUGGGCGCUCCACGAAGUGCGGAUUCGGAAGACGCUAGAGGACCGGCAGCUGCAACACUCGCUCGCCGCGCCCGCGCAGGAGAAGGUGGCGCUGCACCUGUUCCCUGGGGAGAGCUGCACGCUCACGCCGCUGCCGGGCGUGGCCCGCGUGGUGCACUCCAAAGCCUUCUGCACGGUGCACUGGCAGGAGGGCGGCCGGUGCAGGCAGAGUGCCAGGGACACCCACACGUUGCCUCCGGCGCAGAUCCUGGGCAUCCAGAGCGGCCAGGGCACAGCCAGGGGUCAGGUGAAGUGUCCCCGGGGUGGCGCUGAGGGCAAGGGCCCGGGACGUCCCCCUCCGUCCACCGACGCGUCGCAGAGCUCUGGAGAGAGUUCCCCUGAAAGUGCCCCCGGGGAGGGGGCCGCUGCAAGCCUUAGUGGCCUAGACCCGCCCGACAGGCUCCAGGAGAAGACCCCCGCUGCCGGUCCUGCAGACGGCCCCGCCCGAGAGCCCGGGGGCGCGCCGUGCACCUGCGGCCGGCUCCCAGAGCUGGAGGACGAGCUCUCCCUCCUUGACCCCUUUCCCCGCUACAUGAAGUCCUGCCAGGACCUCAUCAUCCCCGAGCAGUGCCGGUGCGCGGACUCGCGGCCCCCGGGGUGCGCCUCCCCAGAGGCUCGCGGCCCCGGCGGCGCGGAGGCUCCGGACCUCGCCCGCGCCGGGGCCCCCUCCCCCGUCCGGGCGCCCUCGGGGCCAGAGCCUCAGCCCAGCCCCGGGCUCCAGCCAGAUGUUUGCACUAAAGACGCGGCAGAUGCACCCGUGGAGGAGCCCCUGCCCCAGGGCCAGCCUGCCGCCAAGCCCCCGAGGGACGUCCCCGCCGGCCGGCUCGCGCAGCAGCUCCGAGAGGAGGGCUGGAGCCUGCAGACCUCCGAGAGCCUCACGCUGGCUGAAGUCUACCUCAUGAUGGGCAAGCCGAACAAGCUGCAGCUCGAGUACGACUGGCUGGCCGUGCUGGGCCCCGAGGGCCAGGCCUCCGGGGGGCAGGCGCAGGGUCCCCGUGGCAGCGGCUCCCCGCCACCCACCUUUCACAAGCAGCGCCUGCUCAGCUGCCUCUUGAAGCUCAUCUCCACUGAGGUCAACCCCAGGCCGGCUCCAGAAGGGAACGUCGGCUCCACGGCUGCAACGAGGCCCGCCCAGGAGGAGCAGCAGUCUGCUACCCCGCCGGGGAAGGUGGUGGCCGUCAGCUCCCGGAGUCCCCGCUGCCCGCGCAGCCAGUCUGCCCUGCGCAGCAGCAAGGCCUUCCCUCCGAGCGCCACGCCUUGCUCCUCAGGUCUCAGAAACCCGCCGAGACCCCUGUUGGUGGCUGGACCCUCGAGCACGGGCAGCAGUGACUCAGACGGUGGCCUUUUCGCCGUCCCCACUACUUUGCCACCCAACAGCCGACACGGCAAGCUCUACUCUCCCAGUAAGGAGACAGAACUGACGUUCCGCCAGCACCUGAACUCCAUCAGCAUGCAGUCGGAUUUCUUCCUGCCGAAGCCCAGGAAAUUGCGGAACCGGCACCUGAGGAAGCCAUUGGUGGUCCAGAGAACGCUGCUUCCCCGGCCCUCUGAAAACCAGUCCCACAACGUCUGCUCCUUCUCCAUCCUGUCCAACUCGUCCAUAACCGGCAGGGGCUCGUUCCGGCCCAUCCAGUCCUCCCUGACCAAAGCAGCCCUGUCUCGGCCGAUUGUGCCCAAGGCCCUUCCACCCCAGGCCCCAGGCCACCUGGCCAGUGCUAUCGACUUAGCAGCCAAAAGUGCCGGCAUCAUCCCCGGGAGCCCCCUGCCUGUCCUGGACGCUGAGGGCUUGUCUGGCAUUGCUCCGCUGGCUUCAGACGAGGUGACCUCUACCGUCCCGGGUCCAGACUCUACCUGUGCCCACCAGAACGCAGACCCCGUCCCCGCCGUGGGGGGUGCCAGCGACCCAUUCGUCAGUGUCCCCUCGAGGCCUGAGCAGGAGCCAGUGGCCGACAGUUUCCAGGGCUCACCUGUUCUCUCCUUAUCUGAGCUGACCAAGGCUCCUCUCCACAACGGCCUCCCCACACCUGUGCCCGCGCCUGAGGGCUCCAGCGGCCGCCUGUCCCCACCCAACGUCUCUGCGCUGUUGGACAUCUCCCUGCCCGGCCCGCCCGAGGACGUGCUGUCACAGGGCGAGCCCGCCACGCACAUCAGCGACUCUAUCAUCGAGAUCGCCAUCAGCUCCGGCCAGUAUGGGGAGGGAGUUCCUCUUUCUCCAGCAAAACUGAAUGGCAGUGACAGCUCCAAGAGCCUUCCGUCCCCAGCCAGCAGCCCCCAGCCAGACUGGAUCGCCUCCCCCACCCACGACCCCCAGUGGUGCCCCAGCGACCCCACAGACUCGUCGCUCAGCAGCCUGUUUGCGAGCUUCAUCUCCCCGGAGAAGAGCCGGAAGAUGCUGCCGACGCCCACGGGGACCCAGAGCGGCACCUCCCUGCUGGGCCCCAGCCUGCUGGACGGCAACUCGAGAGACUCGUUUGUGUCCAGGUCCCUGGCUGACGUUGCCGAGGUUGUGGAUUCCCAGCUGGUGUGCAUGAUGAAUGAAAACAGCAUCGAUUACAUCUCUCGAUUCAACGAUCUGGCCCAAGAACUGUCCAUCGCUGACCCCAGCCGCCGAGAGGUUCUGUUUGAUGGCAGCGGAGGUGGCCCCCCCGUCGGUGACCUAUCCCAGUGACCACACCUCGUCACUGGUGGGGCAUCCUGGGGGCUGCAGAGGAGGGCUCUCCUGGCUGGUGGUCCUCCGCUGUGGUAGGCGUGGCCCUCUUCAGGCUAGAGAAAACGUAAAUCAGGCCCAAACCCCCUGAGGACAGUCCAAACAGAGGAACCUCUGCACCCACGACGCAGAACACACCAGAAGUGGUGUCCCCACAGGCAGAGGCCAGUGGUGGCCCGGUACACAAGGACGAAUUUUCUGGAAGGGUCUUUGUCAGCUGGGGCCGUGGGGCUGGAGCAGUUCCUGCCAGCCGUGGGGUCUCCUGUUAGGGUCCGCGUAGCGACCACAUUUCCACCCACGCUUCUGCCUCAGUGCGUGUGUUGGACGGUCAGUGGGCCUUCUCUCCGAGGCAGAGGGACGGGUGUGCCGCGGCAUGGUCGUUGGCCCCGGGGGGGUGGCCGCCCCGCUCUGCAGGACCGCUUCCAGCCACCGCUGCCUUCUUUCUGCCACACCUGUGCGCUGUCGGGCUGCUUUCUCUGCGGAGUGAUGACGGGGAGGGACAGAGGGGCCUGGCCUGGGUCUGCCUGGUGGGGUGUGUACCCUUCCACGGCGGGCCCCUCCGAGGACACUCGGCUCGCAGGGCAGCAUAACUGGUGCCGUCACCGCAGACACCCUGCCUUUGCCCAGAGGUGUGUUCCGACUGGCUGAGUGCGAAGGAGCGAAGGGUCCUGUUGUGCGCAGGUUCUGUGGACUUUUAGGAAAAGGUCCUGCUAAGCUGGUUGGAAAAAGGUCCUCCUCGUGUUUUUAGAAUUAGGAGAUGUCGAAGAAAAACAGAGUUUAAUGGUUUCCUUCCUAGGUUCAAGUUUCUUCCUGGUGAUCUGAGUGUCCUCUUGGUCAGCUGAGGUGCUCGCUCUCUGUUGGGACCACACGUGGGCCUUGGCCAGCGUCCGCCAUCCAGCACCGGACGCCACGGGCCUUGCGGGGAGGGUUUCUCUGCUUCAGCAGCUCCUCUCCCUUCCAUGCGCUUUUGUGCAGAGCCUCCCCGGCACGCACACUUCGUCCUUCACGUUUACUCCUGCCCUGGGGCCUUCCGUUUGUCUGUCCCCCCGCGUGGGGAACGCGAGCAGAGGCCCAGUGCCUGGGUGUGGCUGGAACACACUAGCCACAUCCCUCCGGUGCGCUCCUCGGCCCCCUGGGCGACCAGUUGGCAUCACUGCACAUGGUUCCCGUCUUCCUGCCGAGUGGAGCCACAGGGCUCCCUUGCUUCUCGGCCUCGGGAGGCUCGACAGACAAAACGCCAUCCGACCGCGGGCUGCAGCUGGGAGCCAGCUGCGGUGUGGCUCGGGGAACGCGCGCGUGCCGCCGUCCCCUGCUGCUUGGCCCUCCGCCCGGCGGCCGGCCUCAGUUUGGCUUCUGAAACCCGCCUGAACUGACCGCUGUUUUUGUGCUCUUUCCGACUGGCAGAGUGGCGGCCUCCCGGGCCCGGCCCGGCCCCCUACGCGGGCUUCUCCCCCGUCCACCGUGACAAGGGCAGAAAGGUCUUGUGUGUACAGGCAGGGGGGCUGCCCCCGAUCUCACAGCCUCAGCGCACAGAUGCAGCCACUGCGGGCCGCGGGCAGGGCGUUCACCCCGGGCAGCGGGGCGCAGUGGGCGGUUGGGCUUCCGGCCAGUAGCUUCCUUCUCUCAUCUUAAGUGGCUCUUAGCCACUUGCUAAGGUGGUCUCCUGCGUUCGGGUCGGGUUCUAGCUACAAACAUCACCCAUAAAAGACACUCUUCCAGACUCUUACAAAAAGUCCGAAAGCUCUGGAGAUGUGUCAUAAGGACACAGUGCCCGUUUAUGAAGAGAGAGAGAUGGCGUCACUUGAACCAGAGUGUCUUUCAACCAGCUUCUGUGGCUUUGAGAUCCAUCCUUCGGUUUCCUGAAAUUAGCACCUUACUGAGGUGAUAAGAUCAGUGUCUCUGUCCCUGGGCACCUCUUAGGACACCGGGCCGAGUUUAGUCCACUGAUAACCUGCUCAUACUCCCACCAUCUGGAACCAGAGAUGGCUGAGUAACAUUACAGCAUUGCAUCCAUGCUGGGAGCGGUGUGCACAUGGCCAGAGGACAGUAGGUCUCAGCUGCUUUGAUCGGGGACGCCCCGAGGCAGUCUGGUGUCCCUAAGAAGAGAAAAAGCAGAGGCUUCUGUAGGCUGUUGAGUGGCACCUCCCCUUGGGGGCUGGACCACAGACUCCCAUCUAGAGUAUCAUGGCAGGGAAAGGGGGGUGGUUAGUGAGGACAGCGGAAGAUUCUUCUCACCUGUAAUAAAGCUGAUGUGAUUCCAGAGAAUUCUGCCACUUAUGCAGCAACCAGACAGGUAUUGAUAAGCGUUUGCUGGCCAAGCUCAGGGGAAGUGGCGUCGUUAAUGGCAUGAAAAGGAUGAGUGUGUUUUCUCCCAGCCUAAAUGCGCGUGUAUAAAAAUAAGCAGCUGUUAGGCCUGGAAUUUUCAAAAGCCCCAACCAGAGAAACUGCUCUUCCCAUUCCUUCCCCUGCCUUUCCAGCAGAAGCGGCCGUCUCUGUGCCCCUGUGGCUUCCUCCACGCGCCCUGAGACCAGGGCGGUGCCUCAGAAAGGCCCUCCCAAGCCAGCAUAAGGCCAUCUGGGAGCUUUUUGCUGAUUCAUCAUUUUGAAAGAUCGAGACGGAGAAUAUCCGGUCUCCAGGGAGUUGGUGUUUGGGCCUUCGUUUCUACUGUGAGUGUCCAGGGCGGAGCUCGCCAUCCUUUAGAAGACGCAGGGACAAGGCGAAGCUGGGGGCUCCACACAGCACUGGUGGUUUUCCUCACCGUGCCGGGUCUCCUAGCUGUAGAGUACUUGCUCAGGGAGCGGGUAUUUGGAAACAUUUCAUCCAUCUUGCUUUCUCACAUCUCCAGCUUCUUAGCAUCAGAAUCCGUCAAGGGUGUCCUUUUCAGUUAGACAGCCUCUUUUAACUUGAUCAGAUCUGAUUUUUUGCAAAGAAAAGUCACAGAGUAAAAGACACCGGAGACAAAGGAGAGCAGCAGUUGCUUUUUUUUCUUUCUUUCUUUCUUUUUUAAGACCUUGAGAUCUAUCAGAUACGUUUGUGAGCAAAGAGGGCACUUUGUCUUAUGAAGAAAGGGAAGAGACCCUCCGCACACCUUUCCUGUCAGAACUCUCUGGACCCCGCAGUAAUUGGUAACUCACGUUAAGUCAGUCUUGGAAUCACUACAGCAACCUGGACCCUUUGUUUUGUAACAGGAUGGCCGGCGCCAGAGCUGUGGUCUGGGCCGCAGAACUGAACGCUGUUUCUUUUGAUAAUCGUUAAGCCAUAUCAUCUAAGGUUUCGGCUUGUUUGAGAUGUGAAUUUGUUUAAUAGAUUAUAAAUAUACAAUAUACAGUGUAUGUAUAAAGCAGAAUGCCUGUCCUUCCUGAUUAUUUUUUGUAUCAUAUUGUAAAUUAUAUUAUUUAUUCUUUACCAAUUUUGGGAAUAAAAGGUGUUUUGGUUAUUUAAUAUAAUAAACAAAAGCUGUUAAACUUC